CGGCUUCCGGCGGGCCGCGCCGCCGGCGGCUCCCACGGUGUCCGUGGCUCCUCAGGCGGUUGGCGGCUCUCGAUGGCGACCGAGCGCGCCUGGGCCCGGCUCUGCGCGGCCCCGCGAGGCUCCCCGCGCCCCGCGUCCUGACGCGCCGGGCGACCCGCUCCCUCGGGGUCGGGGCGCGAUGCCCCUCCAGGUGAAGUGGCCGUUCCCCUCGGUGCCGCCGCUCGCCUGGACUCUGGCCAGCAGCGUCGUCAUGGGCCUCGUGGGCACCUACAGCUGCUUCUGGACCAGUGAGUGGGCCCCCCGCCGCGGCCGGAGCUGGGCUGGGGUCGGGGGCGGCCGCGCGGCACUCCACCUACACGCUCUCUGCCCUCCAUCCCCGUCCCCCCCAGAGUACAUGAAUCACCUCACUGUCCACAACAAGGAGGUGCUGUAUGAGCUCAUCGAGAAUCGGGGCCCGGCCACCCCCCUCAUCACCGUCUCCAACCACCAGUCCUGCAUGGAUGACCCUCAUCUUUGGGGGAUCCUGAAGCUCCGCCACAUCUGGAACUUGAAGUUGAUGCGUUGGACCCCCGCGGCUGCAGACAUCUGCUUCACCAAGGAGCUGCACUCGCGCUUCUUCAGCUUGGGCAAGUGCGUGCCCGUGUGCCGAGGAGAUGGCGUCUAUCAGAAGGGCAUGGACUUCAUUUUGGAGAAGCUCAACCACGGGGACUGGGUGCACAUCUUUCCAGAAGGGAAAGUGAACAUGAGCUCCGAGUUCCUGCGCUUCAAGUGGGGAAUUGGGCGCCUGAUCGCUGAAUGUCACCUCAACCCCAUCAUUCUUCCGCUGUGGCAUGUGGGAAUGAAUGACGUCCUUCCGAACAGCCCGCCCUACUUCCCCCGCUUCGGACAGCCUGUCUUCCCUGCAGAGAAUCACCGUACUGGUCGGGAAGCCCUUCAGUGUCCGGCCUGUGCUCGAGCGGCUGCGGGCGGACAACACGCCGGUGGUGGAAAUACGCAAAGCCCUGACCGACUUCAUUCAGGAGGAAUUCCAGCGCCUGAAGACCCAGGCCGAGCAGCUCCACCACCACUUCCAGCCCAACAGAUAGGAGCGAAGGUGGCGGCUGUCUUCCCCCCAGACCCAGGCACAUGGGGCCAUCGGCGCUGCCUUAGGGAUUCCCGCCCCGCACUGAGCUGGGGCUGGGGCUGGACUGACGCGUUGAGCUCAGAUGUGUCUUUCGGCCAGUUUCCUUCACCCCUGUGGGUCUCUUAGUUGGUGAGCCUUCCGGCUCCUCCGCAGUUCCUCAGUUACAAGAGCCUUGGUGCUCCUCCCACUUUGCCCCGAAGGAGCUUAGGCAGGGGCCUCCUUUCCUCUUUCCUUCCAGUGUUCUCUCAAGGGCGGCCUUGCGGGGGGAAGGGAGCAGGCAGGUGAGCAGGGCGGCCAGGCCGGAGCCGCAGGGAGGGGUCUCCGAGGCCCCGAGGCCUCCUGCCCGCCCUUGCCAGUCUGGGAGCUGCUCGCACCUCAGGGAUGGCCGGGAGCCAAGUCUUCCUUCUACACCUGAGCUCCCCGAGCCUCGGGCGGGACCUGGCCCUGGGCUGCAGGCAGAAAGGGCAGCCCCUGGCCAGGAGCCGCAGGGAGGGCCUGAGAUCAGGCCCCUCAGCUCCAGGCCAGGGGCCACCUGCUGCUCCGGCCUUUCCGCCUGCUCCCCUGCCACACUCGAGUCCCUGGGGGCCUGGGUUUUCAUGUGUUUUUUGAACAAUAAAGAGUCGAUGUUGUGCCA